AUGCAUCGAGGAAGAAUUCUUCGUCAGAAUGAAGAGCCUGAACAUGAUACUAACUUGUGGAAUACAUCUGUUAUAAAGAUACAAAGGCUAUCAAUAUUAACAGAAAUUCAUAUAUAUAAUACAGGAAAAAUAGAUGAUACCAAUGAACAAGAUCGUUAUGAUAAUAAAAAUCUUAGUAAUAUGUCUGUUGAAGAAUCUUUAAAAGAUACUAGUUCAUCAUCUAUGCUUAAAGAAUUUACAAUACAGUUGGCCGUAAGUG